UCAACACAAGCGGUGCACCAUCAACAUGGCGGCUGGGCUGCGGAAACGCGGACGGGCUGGUGCAGCAGUCCGAGCCGCAGGUCGCUGCGAGCAGUGGCUGCGGCGCGCUUGGCAAGAGCGGCGCCUGCUGCUGGUGGAGCCUCGCUACACGUUGUUGGUGGCCGCCUGCCUCUGCUUAGCGGAGGUGGGGAUCACCUUCUGGGUCAUUCACAGGGUGGCAUACACAGAGAUUGACUGGAAGGCCUACAUGGCUGAGGUGGAGGGAGUAAUCAACGGCACCUAUGACUACACACAGCUCCAGGGGGACACUGGACCUCUUGUGUACCCAGCUGGCUUUGUGUAUAUCUUUAUGGGACUGUAUUAUGCCACUGGCCGGGGCACUGACAUCCGCGUAGCCCAGCAUAUCUUUGCAGUGCUCUACCUGGCUACCUUGCUGCUUGUCUUCUGGAUCUACCACCAGACCUGCAAAGUACCUCCCUUUGUCUUUUUCUUCAUGUGCUGUGCCUCUUACCGUGUCCACUCCAUAUUUGUGUUGAGGCUCUUUAAUGACCCCGUGGCGAUGGCACUGCUUUUCCUCAGUAUCAACCUCCUGCUGGCUCAGCGCUGGAGCUGGGGCUGCUGCUGUUUCAGUCUGGCAGUUUCAGUGAAGAUGAAUGUGCUGCUCUUCGCCCCCGGGUUACUGUUCCUCCUUCUUCUGAAGUUUGGCCUCCGUGGGGCCCUACCCAAGCUGGGCAUCUGUGCUGUCCUUCAGGUGGCACUGGGGCUGCCCUUCCUGUUGGAGAACCCUGUUGGCUACCUGUCCCGCUCCUUUGAUCUUGGCCGCCAGUUUCUCUUCCGUUGGACAGUCAACUGGCGCUUCCUGCCUGAGGCUGUCUUCCUGAAUCGCACCUUCCACCUGGCCCUGUUGGCUGUACACCUCAGUCUGCUCUUGCUCUUUGCUCUCUGUAGGUGGCACAGGACAGGGGAAAGUAUCCUGUCACUGCUGAAGGAUCCCUCCAAAAGGAAGGUUCCACCCCAGCCGCUCACACCCAACCAGAUUGUUUCAACUCUUUUCACCUCCAACUUCAUUGGCAUCUGCUUCAGCCGUUCCCUCCACUACCAGUUCUACGUCUGGUAUUUCCACACACUGCCCUACCUCCUGUGGGCCAUGCCUGCUCGCUGGCUCACACAUCUGCUCAGGUUGCUGGUGCUGGGGCUCAUUGAGCUCUCCUGGAACACAUACCCAUCCACGUCGUUCAGCUCGGCGGCCCUGCAUCUGUGCCAUGCAGUCAUACUGCUGCAGCUCUGGCUGGGCCCCCAGCCUUUCUCUAAGAGCAUUCAGCACAGCAAAAAAGCCCACUGAAGCCCACCCUUUACUCUCCAGGCCACUGAGGACCCUGGAUGAUAAUGACUCUGUGCCCUCCCAAUAAACCUUGCCAAGUCCA